AUGGCACUCAGGCUGCUGUUCUUGGCUCUCAACUUCUUCUCCUCAGUUCAGUCAGCAGAAAAGAUUUCGGUGAAGCAGUCCCCCAUGCUUGUGGUAGAUAACAAUGAAGUCCAAGUCAGCUGCGGGUAUUCCUCCAGCCUUAUGUCAAAGGAGUUCAAGGCAUCCCUUUACAAGGGAGUGAACAGUGACGUGGAAGUCUGCGCUGCAAAAUGGAACUGUUCCCAUCAGCUUCCGUUUAACUCAAGCUCGGCCUUCAGCUGCCGUGGGGAACUGAAGAACAACACAGUGGUAUUCUUCCUCUGGAAUCUGCAUGCUAAUCACACAGAUAUUUACUUCUGUAAAAUCCAGAUCAUGUAUCCUCCGCCUUACUUGGGCAACGAGAAAAGCAACGGGACUGUUAUUCACGUGAAAGAGAAACACGUCUGCCAAGCUCAGGCAUCUCCUAGGCUGUUUUGGACACUGGUCGUGGUUGCUGGCGUCCUGUUGUUUUACGGCUUGCUAGUGACGGUGGCUCUUUGUGUUGUCUGGACAAAUAGCAAAAGGAACAGGCUUCUUCAGAGUGACUACAUGAACAUGACACCUCGGAGACUCGGGCCCACUCGCAAGCAUUACCAGCCCUAUGCCCCUGCGAGAGACUUUGCAGCCUACCGUCCCUGACAGGGACCCCUAUCCAGAAGCCAGCCGGCUGGUACCCCUCUACCUGCUCAACAUCACUGCUCUGGAUAGGAAAGGACAGUCUCAUCUUCAGCCGGCCACUUUGGACCUCUACAGGGCCACCUAUGCCAACUAUUUUGGAGCAUCUACGUCUAAUCUCCUGAUCAUCUUGAGACUCCGGAAUGAAUUAAAGAAGCAUCUACGGCAGGAUACAUUCUGCAUGUCUUCGCCAAGACUCAAUAUAUUUAUUGGCUCGACUGAGAAGUUAAAGUAGAGGACUCAAAAAGCGAGAGAAUUCAUUCAGCCUUGGAAAGUCAGGGUCCAGGCUGCUGGAUAAUCAACCCCCAUUCCUUUCUCACUUAUUAGUAGCACAUCUCAGUCAUGUGAAGUGUGGUAGCUAAAAAUGUUUUGGAUGGAGAAAAAAGGAUCAAAGACCUUUUCUUUGGCUAAGUUGGUGUUUAGUGUAGGGAUAGGUUAGAGUUAGUUAGCUAUUUGAAAAUAAUUAAAACACUUUCCCACGCAGGAAAUGAGCCACUUAGUUCCUGUUUAGUGUUUUCGUGUUAGUUUAGAAAGAUGUGGACAUAUUUUUUUUCAAUGAGUUCUGAUCAUUUGUAAUCACGUUGACCCAUGGAAUGCCCUCAAAGCACUGCCAGGGCUUGCUUUCUUCAUUUCCUGUCGUGGGAAUUCAGUAUUAUUAAUAGUCCCAACAUGAUUUCAGAACU